AUGAGCAACGCCGUUGAACCCUACUCUGGUUAUACUCAACUUAUCUCUUACUUGAACGAGCACACAGAAUGGUCCUACACUGAAUUUUUAAAUCUUCACCGCAGUGUUAUUCUUUCCUCGCAACCUUUUUCGAACGAUUGGACUGUUCUUAACCUCACUUGGACUCGUAGAUUUCUGAAUCAAGCAAAAAUACUGAAAUCAGACUAUGAGGCUGUAGAAAAACAGAUGGAAGCAAAGCAAGCACAUAUCAUUGGCAGUAUGAAAGUGUACAGCAAAGUUGCAGAACAUAAUGCAGAAACAUUAACCUCCGAAGACUAUUCUAAUAUCUUUUCUUUGCAAAGUGGACACCAAAAAAACAAAGCAACGGGCAGAGAGGAUGAAAUAAACUUGUCUCGAAAUCAAGAAACAAUCUCGGAUGCCGAAAACAAUCCGUUUUUGGUAUCCGAAUAUGACGAGGACGAGUUUACUGAAUACUUAUAUAAACAAGAAGUGUUGACCGAAGGUAUAGAAUCUCCAACCACUCGUAAACGAGAGAAUGAAAUUGAAGGAAACAUUUCACAUAAAAAGGCAAAAAAAAAUGUGGAAAGUGCUCCAAACACGAGACCAAGAAAUGAUAGUCAAAAGUCUUCCUCUUCUGAUGUAGAUCUUGAAAAUGAAGAAAUAAAGUUUGAUUUUACAGUCAUUGAAAAAGAAUUGCAACAGGAACCAACCAAUGAGUGGAUAGUUGGUUCCAUCAACGUAUCUCAAAGAUUUAGACAAUAUCAGAUGGAUGUACUUGAGAAGGCGAAGACCAACAAAUUAAAGUGGAGUGAUUUUUAUGAAAUAUUGGCAUUGUCUUCGAUAAUUGUAUUCAGCUCGUCUUGCCCUUACCCUGCUUCGAUUUUCACAAAUCGGGAAUGGCAAAAUAUUACACAUGAAAAUCCAUAUGUUGUAACUAAUCCAGUACUACCAACGGAGGUUGUAUCCUCUUUACGGAAUGCAUCUGCUGAUUGUUUAGAAGGAAAGACCAUUUUUUUGUCUGUAUAUGAUUCUGAAAUUAGUCAAGCCGUUUCUAGAAUUUUCAAUGACAUGUGUAAUAGCGUUCCUGCCGUUUCCCCAACCAAAACAUCGGAGGACGAACAUUGUUUCCAGUUGCUACACCCAGUCAUCCGUCCGUUGUUUUUUACUGGUUCAAAUAAAGAAUAUAAGAUUCGAUUGAAUCGUGCAACAAAGGGUACAGUAAUGAGGGCGGAUUUUUCGUGUUUGGUCGACGAAAUUCCUAUUUUGAAUUCAGAGAUCAAACCACUUGGAUUCACACCUCUCCAACAACAAAAAGACAAGUUGAAGGUACAGUUGCGAGGGCGCAAGUCCAUCAAUCAAAUGUUAAAAAUGAAAGGUGGUCCAGAAGAAGCAAUAUUGUUAAUAAAUCAAGGAGAUUUGGUAGAAUCAUAUGUUAUGGAUCUCAAAUACGAUGGGCUUUACCGGUCAUGGCCUUUUUUAACUACCCGACUGGUCAAAGAUAAAACCACCAUUCCUUUGCUGGAGUCAAACAUCCGGCACUUUGUGGCACUAGAGGAACGAAUCAGCAAAAUUGCUGAAGACUACAAUUGUCGGAUUUCUCAAAGUGGCACAACUACUCCUCCAUUACAAAUGCGUUAUAUGCGAGACUUACCAAACAGUCCGCAAAUAAAAGAGAUGCUCAA